AUGCCGGUUCACGCCUGGCCCGGCCCCGCCCCUGGCAGCACCGAUUGGCCAGGAAGCGGCAGUGGCGGCUGGACCAUGGGCGCAGACGGGCCGGCGGCGGCGGGGGACAGAGCUGGCGGGCGCGCGGCUGGGCCCUGGACAAGCUCCGGCGCGCCGCGGCUGCCGCCCCGCUCCCUCCUCCUCCUCUUCUUUUUGUUGCUGGCGGUGCUCGGCGUCCGGGCCUCGAGUUACAAGACUUGCCCCAAGGUACAGCCGGACAUGCUCAACGUUCACCUGGUGGCUCACACCCAUGAUGACGUGGGCUGGCUCAAGACAGUGGACCAGUACUUUUAUGGCAUCCAUGGUAACAUCCAGCACGCAGGUGUCCAGUACAUUCUGGACUCAGUGGUCUCCUCCUUGCUGGCCGACCCCACACGCCGCUUCAUCUACGUAGAGAUUGCCUUCUUCUCCCGAUGGUGGAAGCAACAGACCAGAGCAACACAAGAGACUGUGCGGGAGCUGGUGCGCCAGGGACGCCUGGAGUUUGCCAACGGUGGCUGGGUGAUGAAUGAUGAGGCGACCACUCACUACGGAGCCAUUGUGGACCAGAUGACGCUGGGGCUACGCUUCUUAGAGGACACAUUUGGCAGUGAUGGUCGCCCCACUGUGGCCUGGCACAUUGACCCCUUUGGACACUCACGAGAGCAAGCCUCAUUGUUUGCACAGAUGGGCUUUGAUGGCUUCUUCUUUGGGCGCCUGGAUUAUCAAGAUAAGAUGUUUCGGGAGAACAUGAGGGAGAUGGAGCAGGUGUGGCGGGCCAGCAGCAGUCUGAAGCCCCCAGCCGCUGACCUCUUCACAGGUGUGCUGCCCAACAUGUACAACCCUCCAGAUAAUCUGUGCUGGGAUGUACUAUGUGACGACAUGCCUGUGGUAGAUGACCCUCGCAGCCCCGAGUACAAUGCCAAGGAGCUGGUCACUUACUUCCUUCAGCUGGCGACUGCUCAGGCCCGGCACUACCGCACCAACCAUACCAUAAUGACCAUGGGCUCGGACUUCCAAUAUGAGAAUGCCAACAUGUGGUUCAAGAACCUUGACAAGCUCAUCCAUCUGGUCAACAGCCAGCAGCAGGCCAAUGGGAGCCAAGUCCAUGUCCUCUACUCCACACCAGCCUGUUACCUCUGGGAGCUGAACAAAGCCAACCUGACCUGGUCAGUGAAACAGGAUGACUUCUUCCCCUACGCAGAUGGCUCCUACAAGUUCUGGACUGGCUACUUCUCCAGCCGGCCGGCCCUCAAACGUUAUGAACGCCUCAGUUACAACUUCCUGCAGGUGUGCAAUCAGCUGGAGGCGCUGGCAGGAGCUGCAGCCAUCAAGGGACCCUAUGGCCUGGGAGACAGUGCCCCUCUCCGGGAGGCCAUGGCAGUGCUCCAGCACCAUGAUGCGGUCACCGGCACCUCCAAGCAGCACGUAGCUGACGACUAUGCCCGCCAGCUGGCCCAGGGCUGGGGACCCUGUGAGGUGCUCCUGAGCAAUGCACUCUCGUGGCUCAGUGGCUCCAAGGACAAGUUCACAUUCUGCCGCGAACUCAAUGUCAGCAACUGUCCACUCACCCAGACCGAGGAGAGGUUCCAGGUCACCAUUUAUAAUCCUCUGGGGAGGAAGUUAAAUUGGAUGGUGCGGCUGCCGGUCAGUGGAAGCAUUUUCUUGGUGAAGGACCCCAGUGGUGUGACUGUACCCAGCAAAGUGGUGGCACUUCAGGACCCAGAAGGUCAGGAGCACCCCCCAGAGCUGCUUUUCUUGGCCUCAGUACCGGCUCUGGGUUUCAGCACCUACUCAGUGGCCCAGGUGCCUGCUCGGCAAGUCAAGGUCCGCCCCUCCCAACCCAGGCACCAGUCCCCUGUCCUGGUCAUACAAAAUGAGCACAUCCGGGCUUCCUUCAGCCGUGACACAGGGUUCUUGAUGGAGAUUGAGAACCUGGACGAGAAGCUUGUGCUGCCCAUUCGCCAGGCCUUCUUCUGGUACAAUGCCAGUACAGGCAACAACCAAAGUGCCCAGGCCUCAGGUGCCUACAUCUUCAGACCCAGUAGAUCAAAGCCAUUGCCAGUGAGACACUGGGCAGAGAUUCGCGUGAUCAAGAAUGACUUGGUGCAGGAGGUGCACCAGAACUUCUCUGCCUGGUGCUCUCAAGUGGUCCGCCUGUACCCAGGACAGAGGCACCUGGAGCUGGAGUGGACAGUGGGGCCAAUACCAGUGGGUGACGGCUGGGGGAAGGAGGUCAUCAGUCGCUUUGACACUUUGCUGGAGACGAAUGGACGCUUCUACACAGACAGCAAUGGCCGGGAGAUCCUGGAGAGGAGGCGUGAUUACCGGCCCACUUGGAACUUGAAUCAGACUGAGCCCGUGGCAGGAAACUACUACCCGGUCACCAGCCGCAUUUACAUCACGGAUGGGCAUAUGCAGUUGACGGUGUUGACUGACCGUUCCCAGGGGGGCAGCAGCCUGAGCGAUGGCUCCCUGGAGCUCAUGGUCCACCGGAGGCUGCUGUUAGACGAUGCCCGUGGUGUAGGGGAGCCACUGCAAGAAGCCGGGCCGGAUGGACAGGGCCCGGGUCUGUGGGUGCGAGGACGCCACCUGGUCCUGCUGAACACCGCCCGGGCUGCUGCCAGCCAGCACCGCCUGCUGGCGGAAGAGGUGGUCAUGGCCCCGCAGGUGGUGCUGGCUCCCAUGGGUAGUGUCCCCUAUAGCCUGGAGACCACCCAGCAGACACAGUUCUCUGGGUUGCUUCGGGAGCUGCCACCAGCCGUGCAUCUGCUCACCCUGGCCCGCUGGGACCCAGAGACGCUGCUGCUGCGCUUGGAGCACCAAUUCGCUGUCGGGGAGGGAAGUGAUCGUAACCUAAGCUCCCCUGUCACCCUGGACUUGCGGGACCUGUUCACCACCUUCACCAUCACCCACCUGCAAGAGACCACGCUGGCGGUCACCCAGCCCCGGGAUCGUGUCUCCAGGCUCCAGUGGACCACGAAAACAGGCCCUGUAACCCAAGCUGAGCCCUUCUUCCUGGACCCCGCCGCCAUCACACUGCAGCCCAUGGAAAUCCGGACCUUCUUGGCCUCUGUCCAGUGGAAGAAGGCUAUCAAGACCUGA